AUGUCGGGAGGGUCGUCUGAAUCUUCCCCAUUAUCUGGACGAAAUAGCUUUAGUUCUCCUCUGUCAAGUUUCAAGGACCUUGAACUGUCUUCAGAGUCUGGUUGCUUGUCCAUUAUUGUACUAGGUGCUUCUGGAGACCUUGCUAAGAAGAAAACUUUCCCAGCGCUCUUUCACCUUUUCCAGCAGGGAUUUCUGCAAUCUGGAGAAGUCCAUAUAUUUGGGUACGCAAGAUCAAAUCUUUCUGAUGAUGGAUUAAGAGAACGCAUUCGUGGAUACCUCAAGGGAGCUUCAGAUGAACAUCUUUCUCAAUUUUUGCAGCUAGUUAAAUAUGUUAGUGGCUCCUAUGACAGUGGGGAAGGAUUUGAGUUAUUAAACAAGGCAAUCUCUGAGUAUGAAACAUCAAAAAACAAUGAAUCAGGAAGCUAUCGCAGAUUAUUUUAUUUGGCAUUGCCUCCAUCAGUCUACCCAUCAGUAUGCAAAAUGAUAAGAUCGUAUUGCAUGAAUCCAUCUUCACACACCGGUUGGACAAGGGUUAUUGUUGAAAAGCCCUUUGGAAAGGAUUUGGACUCUGCAGAGGAACUGAGUGCUGAACUUGGCCAGCUGUUUGAAGAAGAACAACUCUAUAGAAUUGACCACUAUUUGGGAAAAGAGCUUGUCCAAAACUUGCUCGUGCUUCGUUUUGCAAACCGCUUAUUUUUACCUCUUUGGAAUCGUGAUAACAUAGCUAACGUACAGAUUGUAUUUAAGGAGGACUUUGGAACCGAUGGACGUGGAGGAUAUUUUGAUCAGUAUGGUAUCAUUCGUGAUAUCAUUCAGAACCACUUGUUGCAGGUCUUCUGUUUGGUGGCUAUGGAAAAGCCUGUCUCUCUUAAACCUGAGCACAUUAGAGAUGAAAAAGUCAAGGUUCUGCAAUCGGUGGAGCCUAUAAAGCAUGAAGAGGUAGUCAUCGGACAAUAUGAUGGCUACAAGGAUGACCCUACUGUGCCAGAUGACUCCAACACCCCUACUUAUGCAUCUGUUGUACUGAGGGUGCACAAUGAAAGAUGGGAGGGAGUUCCAUUCAUUCUCAAGGCUGGUAAAGCACUAAAUUCUAGGAAAGCAGAGAUACGUGUGCAAUUCAAGGAUGCUCCUGGUGACAUUUUUAGAUGCAAGAAACAGGGAAGGAAUGAGUUUGUCAUACGCCUGCAGCCAUCAGAAGCCAUGUAUAUGAAAUUAACGGUCAAAAAACCCGGACUGGAAAUGGCAACUGAACAAAGCGAACUGGAUCUAUCCUAUGGGUUGCGGUACAAUGAUGUAAAAAUCCCAGAAGCAUAUGAGCGUCUCAUCUUGGACACGAUAAGAGGAGACCAGCAACACUUUGUUCGCCGAGAUGAACUGAGGGCUGCAUGGGAAAUCUUCACUCCUUUGCUUCACGACAUUGAUGGCGGCAAGCUGAAGUCCGUUCCAUACAAGCCGGGAACCCGAGGACCACAGGAAGCCGACGAGUUGAACAAGAGGAUGGGGUAUGUGCAGACCCAUGGCUACAUAUGGGUUGCGCCAACCCUUUCUAAGGUUUAG